GCAAUAGUAAGGAAAUUUAAUAUCUGAUAGCAGGGAGAAAAUGAUUGGCGCCAUUUCUGUGUCAACUAGCAUAACUGUUACUUGUUCAGUCUCCGACAUUUCUCAAAAACCCAGCAAACCUCUAACUCCCUCAACUCUCAAAUGGCUUGCAAAAUCCGGCAAACUAGAAGAGGACAUUUGCCUGAUCGAAGCCUCACCCUCCAAAUUGACGGCCACCGAGUCCGACAUCGAGGCCUACUCCCUCCUCUUCCACACCUGUAUCUCCCAAAAAUCCUUAGAGCAUGGCCAAAGGCUUUACCUACAAUUUCUUCUCUCAAAAGACAAAGUGAACCACAACCUCGUCAACAAUCCCACCUUGAAAACCAAGCUCAUUACUCUCUACUCUGUCUGCGGCCGAGUUGACGACGCCCACUCUGUUUUCGUCGACGGUGAACACGCGCCUGAGGAGUCGGUGUGGGUGGCCAUGGCCAUUGCGUAUUUGAGAAAUGGCUACUUGGAGAAAGCGUUGCUCUUAUAUUGUGAAAUAUUGUGCCGGCUAGUCUGGCCGGGGAAUUUCGCAUUCUUGAUGGUGUUGAAGGCCUGUGCAGAGUUGUCUGAGCUUAGAGUCGGGAGAGCCGUCCAUGCCCAGAUUGUGAAAUCAAAUGAAAAGCCGGAUCAAGUGGUUAAUAAUGCUCUUAUGAGAUUGUACUCAGAGCAGGGGUGCUUUGGGGAUGCCUUGAAGGUGUUCGAAACAAUGCCUCAACGAAAUGUUGUUUCUUGGAACUCUUUGAUUGCAAGUUUUGUUCGACGAGACCGAGUGUUUGAGUUGAAGGAAUUAAGGAUGCAAGGAGAAGGGAUGGGGUUCACUUGGGUCACCCUCACCACAGUGUUACCAAUAUGUGCUAGAAUGACUGCACUAUAUAGUGGGAAGGAGAUACAUGCCCAGAUAGUAAAGUCCACCAAGAGACCUGAUGUCCCUGUACUGAACUCACUCAUGGACAUGUAUGCAAAAUAUGGAGCAAUUGAUUACUAUAAGAGGGUGUUUGACAAUAUGCACUGUAAAGAUUUGACAUCUUGGAAUGCUGUGAUUGUGAAUUACGGUGGGUUAAAGGCAUCACCUUUAAAUUUUCUAUUUGAUGAUGUAUUAGAAAAUUGACUA